CCGCGCGAUCGGCGGACGUACGGUCGUGUUCUCGAUCGAAUACGAUCGUAAUACACCAUCGAACUAUUACCGUUUGUGUUGGACAAUUGUUUUUUUUGUGUUUGUGUUUUUUUAUUUUGUGACUGUUGGACUGGUUGUGUUAAUUAUGCCAAAGAAUUGUGAUAGAACGAUUUGACGUGACUAUUUUGGUUUUGUUUUUGUUGGUUGUUUUUAUUGAAUCGUAUUGUCAUCUCAGAUGUCUUGUAAGGCGAGAGGAACGAUGGUAACGCAGUUGAAGAAACAUGUCAUCUAAACGAAAGUCGCCGCCGUCAAAAUUGCAAGAAGGAGCAGCGGAAACGGAGAAAUCGGAGGCCGGUCCAGCGACCCAGGAGUUCUCCGACCACCCCGAAUCGGACGACAACGACCAACAGAACUUUUACAAAUUCUCGCCAAGCUCCUCCCCCCGGACCUCGAUCAGUGACGAGGAGGCCCACUACGAAGACGAGCAUCCGAGCAAGAAACAAAGGUUCGAACAAUCAUUAGACAUGACAAAUAAUCUCCUAGUUCCCUCAUCUUUUUUAAGUCUCCACCAAGUGAACGACCUCCAAAGGAGGCGGGGCUCGUCGGAGUGCAGCAGUCCCGGGGCGGAUGCGAAAGUUCUGGGCCUGUGCAACAAUAACAAUUCACUGCUGAAUCACAAUAGUGCGUUGUCAUUGGGCCCACCUCAUAAGCGUUCUAUGGAUGAUGUUUUAAAGAGGUUAACGUCUAAAAUGAAUAAUAGUACGAUAAAAGAGGAGAAAAGGCCCACGCCGUCCACGACGCCGGUUAAGCAAAACAAUGACCGUCGCGGCGUGCUGGACGCGGCAGCGAUACAAGCCCUGGCAGGCGAGAGUGUGCUGGAGAAGGAGAGGCAGCUGUCCGAGAUGAUUCUCCAGCUGCAGAUGGUGAGGGAGCAGCUGCUGUCGCAGCAGGAGCAUAAUAAGAAUUCACUUGGGACGGUGUCAGCGGAGUUGGAACUUCAGAGACUGCAACAAGAGCACUUGAGGAGACAAGAGAUGGUGCGACGAGGCCACUCCCUGUACCCUGGACCUCCUUUGGCUCUCCUGCCUCUGUUGGAGCAAAUGAGACCGCAACCUCCACAGACAACCAAUGUGGUCCCCAACUCUCCCUGGCCGGCGACCGCUCAGCUCGCUCAGCUGACAGCCAGCGCGCGUUCCCCCCCACCACAAGACCCGGACGCCCCCCUCAACCUCAGCAAGCAGCGAUCACCGUCGCCAGCACAGCCCAUGAUGCUCCCGCGAUUCGUGCCCUACCCGCCCAUGGAGGACUCCUAUAUGAAAAAGGAGGAGGAGUAUAAUGCUACUUGUAAUGCUCCAUCCUGGGGCCAGUCUCCAUCCGAGGACCCAGAGAAAACGAAGCUGAUCCGUCAGCCCAAACGCGACGAGGCCGGGAAGCCCCACAUCAAGAGACCAAUGAACGCUUUCAUGGUCUGGGCCAAGGACGAGCGCCGCAAGAUCCUGAAGGCCUGCCCCGACAUGCACAACUCCAACAUAUCCAAGAUCCUCGGCGCCCGAUGGAAGUCCAUGUCCAACGCCGAGAAACAACCGUACUACGAGGAGCAGUCCCGUCUCUCCAAACUGCAUAUGGAGAAGCACCCUGAUUAUAGAUACCGGCCGAGACCAAAACGAACGUGCAUAGUCGACGGCAAGAAGAUGCGGAUAUCGGAGUACAAGAACCUGAUGCGUACUCGCCGGCAGGAGAUGAGACAGCUGUGGUGCCGGGACGGGGGGAGCGAGCUGGGCUUCCUCCCUUCCCUCUCGAGCCCCGGGCCUUCUAACUCCUCCCCCCCUCCGAACGGGGGGAACUACAUGAAUCCCCCAUUCUCCCCCCCGCUGUCGCCAGGUGAGGAGGAUUGAGGGUCGGCGCGCGGCUGGCCCUACCCGCACGCCGCGCCCCUUCCAAUGCCCCCCUCGCAUCCCUGGUAAUUACCACUUACCAGGCAUCUACCAAUUGACGGAACUAAGACCCAGUUUUCCCAGUGUGGCACCCAAUCGAAUCUUCGAGAAGCAACUCGAACGUUUGAAGAUUAAGGGAGAUAAUUUAAGUUGUUCAUGCCAGUUCAGAUCUCUCGCGUAGAAUAUCUUUAUGAGAUUAUUCCAGUAGUGAAUUAAGAUGGAGUCUUGUAAAUUAACGAUUUAUCUCGUAUUGGUUAUAAGUAGACGGCCCAGUGCCGAUGUAUUAAACUGACAUUACUAGGAAAUUAGAAAAAAAGUUGUAUAUACUAAGUUAAUUCUUUAAUUUUACUCGCCGUGUAAAUAUUCGCUGAAACUUUGUAGAUAUCUUAGGAUUUUAUGGCUAUCGGUCGCUCGUAAGUUAGUGUUAGGUGUAAGUUAGCGAGUGUGGCCAUGUGUAAAAUAGAUUACUCUAAGAUGUUAUGUAACAAACCAAAAAAUUAAGCUGAACGCUUGAAAAUUAUGUGUUUUAAACACACAAUAUCCAUUGAUAGAGUGCAUAAUAAUACUCAUUAGAACACGCAUAAUACAUUUAUGUAUAAGAUAUAUAAGCUGUUAAUAUAUACUCGAGUUCUCGGAUCUUGACACUAGCGGUCAAUUCGUGUGUCAAUUUGACACAAAUAGUGUGCUCACUAGUGGACUUUAGCUAUGAAACGCAUAAUCGUUUUGUCAGAAUGUGCAAUUGUUAGUAGCCACUGUGUAGGAGUUUAUAUCUCAUAGUAUAGCGGUAAUGUUGUAUAGUAUAGUGUAAAGUUUGAUUGGUGCCGUCGUUUAUUGCCAUUUUUGUUAUUUAUUUUUAUCUGUAUUUUUGUUUAACAAAGUAUGAGCUGAUUGCGAGUGCACAUCGAAGACUGGGCACGAUUCCAGUGGAAUACCUAAAAGACCCAGGGUAAUUUUUUGUCAGACGAUUUUCGAUCAGAACCAUAAAUCGAAGAUUCUUAUUCUGGUUGACUACGAGCAGAUAUUAUUCAUCGAAUAAUAUGUACUCGUAGUGUAUUUACAAAAAUACGAUUGAAUACAUGUAAUUAGUAUAUAUUGCUAAACAUAGAAAAUAUGUUCAGUUAUGGUUUGGGUAAUAGAUAGUUUUGAAAAUCGAGGUUAGUUCAAUGGAUCUUCGCAAAAGCCAAAACUUCAGUUUAUUGUUCACUUCCCCAAUAUUUUAUGAGCAACUAUGCAUUUGGUAUACGGAAAUUUUAUUUUAAAAAUAACAAGAAAGUCCUCACGGGAGAAAAAUAUUAAGAAAGUGUGCAUGAAUAGUUUUGCCACUUUUUGUACUUAAACAAUUUAAGUUAAGGUUGUUAUUUUAACUUUUUGCCUGACU